AUGAAGAUAAAAACUAUUAGCCGUUCAUCUGACAAUUAUGUACCAGUGAGAAACACCCAAAAAUCAAUUUUACCAAAGAAUAAUUCUUCCACAUUACAUCCAUUUGAAAAACAGAGAGAAUAUGCAAAGGCUUUGCAAGCAACAAAAUUGGAAAGAUUAUUUGCAAAACCAUUUUUAUAUCAGCUUGGACGUGGUCAUGCUGAUGGUGUAUAUUCUAUCUGUAAAAACGACAACGAUUUAAGUAAACUAUGCACCGGUAGUGGUGAUGGUUUUAUUAAGUACUGGAAUUUGAACGAUCCAAAAGAUGAAAAAUUAAGUUUUAAAGCCCAUAAUGGUAUAAUAAAAUCUUUAACAAUCUUAAGGAAUAAUGGUAAUAAUUUACUAAGUUGUGGUGGUGAAGACAACACAGUAAAAUUAUGGUCCCUUAAUGAUCAUGAUUUUAGACAUAAAAGUAAUUUUAAUAAUUUUCACUCAAUUAAUAAACCUGGUCUAAUUAAGAGUUGGACAGGCGAAUACUCUUUUCAAGCAAUGGAUAGCCAUAAGGCAGAGCCUAAAUUUGUCACUGGAGGAUAUAAAGUUGAAUUAUGGGAUAUAAAUCGAUCAAAUCCAAUAUCUGAUUUAACAUGGGGGUCUGAUUCAAUCAUUUCAUUGAAAUUCAAUCCGUUGCAAACAUCGAUAUUUGCGACCUCAGGGUCUGACAAUAAUUUAAAUUUAUAUGAUUUAAGAACCAAUUCAUCAAUACAAAAAUUAAUAACAAGUUUCAAGGUCAAUUCAAUAUCAUGGAAUCCAAUCAAGCCUCAUAAUUUCAUGGCAGCUUCAGAAGAUGAGAAUGCGUAUUAUUAUGAUAUGAGAUUUUUGAAAAAAUCAUUAUUGAUAUUUAAAGAUCAUGUUGCACCGAUAUUAGAUAUUGAUUUUAGUUCAAACGGAAGGGAAUUUGUAACUGGAUCGUAUGAUAAGACCAUUAGAAUAUUUAAUAUUAAUGAACCAAGAUCGAGAGAUAUUUAUCAUACCAAGAGAAUGCAGCAUGUCUUCAAAGUUAUAUACUCCAGUGAUAACAAGUAUAUUAUAAGUGGAUCUGAUGAUUGUAAUGUGAGAGUUUGGAGAUCCAAAGCAAGUGAACGAUCAAAUAUUAAGUCAUCAAGAGAGUUGACACAUUUGAUUAAAGUUGAAAGAUUGAAAGAAAAGUAUAAGAAUAUGCCUGAGAUUAAAAGGAUCAGCAGACAUAGACAUUUGCCUAAAGGUAUUAAAAAGGCUAAAGAUCAUAAGAUUGUUCAAAUGGAGAGUAUUAAAAGAAAGGAGUUUAAUGAAAAAAGACAUAGAAAACCGGAAUAUAAUAAAGUACAAGAUGAGAAGGAAAAGCAUAUUGUUAAUUUGGCAUUUAAAUAA